CAAUACACUAUACACACAUACAGAACUAGCUAAGAUGGACGUCUCGGCAGACUUGGCAGCCCAUGCGGCACGAUUCUCGGCUCAACAAGCCACGGAUGAUUCGGUCAUCACCGUCGACCCGGCCAUCUUGACCGCGUUCGACGAGGAACCUACGGACGAUCCCGAAUAUGCAACCGACCUCGAGGCCUACCUCCUCGACCGAUCCACCCGUACGACCCAACACCUCCUCCAAACCCUCUUCACCCUCCCCCUCACCCGAACCCCAACAGGCCCGUUCGCCCAACUGCCAGUUUCACACUCGCACGCCAUCCUCCCAAGGGAAAAACAUUUACCUAAACCGAAACCGUUGACCAAGUGGGAACGGUUCGCGAAAGAAAAGGGGAUCAGUCAUAAGAAGAAGGACAAGAUGGUUUGGGAUGAGGAUUUGAGCGAUUGGGUUCCUAGGUGGGGUAAGGGGGGGAAGAAUAAGGAUGUGGAGGAGGCUUGGAUUAGGGAGGUCAAGCAGGGCGAUGAGGCCGACCACGACCCGAUCGCCACGGCCCGUAAAGCCCGUAAAGAGCGUAUCGAGAAGAACACCCGUCAAGCCGCCCGUAACGCCGCCGACGCCCUCGCUGCCACCGCCUCCACUACUUCCAAUGCGACCUCUUCUACCCGAUCUGGGGUCUCUACUCUGAGUCAGGCGCAGAAAAAGACGUUGAGGGAGGCGAGGAAGGAAGAGUUGGACAGGAGCAUGGCACUGAGUAGGACGGCGACGGCUUCGAUGGGCAAGUUUGAUAAGAAGAUCGAGGGGGAGCCGAAGAUCAAGGGGGUCAAGCGAAAGUUCGCCCCGACCUCGGCCCCGGAGUUCUCCUCGGAAAAAGACUCGGCCAUGCAUAUCGCCAACAUCAUCGGCAAGCCCAAGACGGGGGAUGCGGACGUCAACGUCAGAAAGGCGCUCAGGUUCCAAGAACGGGUGGACAGGUUGUCUGGAGGUGGGGGGAGAGGAGGUGCGGGUGGACGUGGGGGCAGGGGUGGGGGUGGUAGGGGCAGGGGGAAGCGAUGA